CACGCGACACGCGACAUCCGCAUCUAAAAGUUAUGUAAUCAAUAAACAUUAAUCGUCUGAUGAAUCGUGUAGCCCGGACCAUGCCCGGACUGACCCCUCCAUGACCGACCCAAGUUCAAAGUCGCAGUGUUGGUUCGUAGUGUAGAGUGUGUAUGGGUGUUGUUGAUUGGGAAGCCAUUGAUUGUACGUGUUAUGCGGUGAUACUUUUCGUCAGUGACAUCCCGUUGAGAUUUAUUUCACGUCAGGAUUCGGUUUCUGCGGAUCACAGUGAUAGUUGCUUUAAAGGGUCUCCUGCCUGGUUUCAUUGGGGAUAAAAAGCAACGAAACCCCCAACUGAUGAUCAGGAAACCGUCUUCAAAUAGCCAUUAAUCAUUGCUGCCGAUCACUCUCUCAAGAUGAAUAACCCAGAACCAGAUGAGAAUUAUUCCAUACAGUACACAGAUGAAGAUCAGCUCCUUGAUUUGACGGGGUCCAAUGGGUUCAAUGUAGGGGUCAUUGACUUCGUGGGUGAACCCUACAUUCCUUCUAUGAAACAUGCCGUUAAAGAAGGCACAGAAUACAAGGUGUACAGCAGACGUUGGUAUAUCUUGGCAGUGUUUGCUUUGCUGAAUGCUCUCCAAUGUAUAGCAUGGAAUUCUUGGGGACCCAUAGCAGACACAAGCAAGUUGGUUUUAAAUUGGACAACUGGAGACAUUGCCCUUCUGACCAACUGGGGUCCGAUAACCUACGUUACGACUGGACUGUUUUUCUCUUGGGUCCUGGACGUUAAAGGUUUAAAACCCUCCGUAGUUGCAGCAUCAUUUAUCAUGCUGAUUGGGCUAGGGGUACGAUGCCUGCCGGUAGGCAUCGAUUACAUCAAAUGGUCGGUGAAUGUUGGACAGAUUUUUAUCAACCUUUCUGGGCCGUUGUUAUCCGCUGCUCCAACAAUACUUUCAGCUGUUUGGUUUCCUCCUCACCAGCGUACAACGGCCACCGCAAUAUCAACAGCAUCAGUAUCCAUGGGCUUUGCUGUCUCAUUCCUAGUUGGGCCUCUAAUUGUGACUGAUGUUGAGACUACCAAUGGUACAAGCAUCAAUGCAACAGAUGGGAGUUUCCUUUUGUAUGACUCCAACGAACCAUUGGACCCGGUUGUCAGGACACACCACUAUCAUCAGAUAAUGCUCCUGAUGUAUAUAGAGUGCGGAGUUGGUGCUCUCUUAGCGUUGUGUACCGUUUUGUACUUUCCUUCCAAACCUCCAAUGCCUCCUAGUGCGUCUGCCGCUACUAAAAGAGAAAAUUUUAAGGAUGGAGCCCUGCUCUUAGUCAAGAAUGUCCAGUUUUGGAUUCUUGGAUUGGCUUACAGCAUUGGAACGGGUGUUUAUGGUGCCUGGGUGACACAGCUUGAUACGAUCUUUGAGAAUGCAGACGGAGUCGGUCAGGAUACUUGUGGCUGGAUUGGAUUCUACACAAACGUAGCCGCAAUGCUUGCUUGUCUGAUGUUUGCAAGACUUGUAGAUUGUUUCCAAGGUUACAUGAAAAAGAUUCUCCUUAUACUGACGGUUCUUGCCACAGCGUCUUGUCUAUGGUGCUUUUUAUUAUGUCUUAAGAUCGUUCCAUUCCGUAUCGAGUUCCUGUAUAUUUCCUGUAUAUCAUUCGGGUUCUUCCUUCCGGGUUGUACCCCGAUCUAUUAUGAGAUCACAGUUGAGGGCGUUUACCCCGUCGCUGAGGGGGUAACAACAAUGGCGUUGACUUUGUUGAAUCGAGUCACCGCGCUAAUCUUCCUUUUGAUUCUGCUGAUCCCUGACCUAGGUAUUGAUUGGAUGAGCUGGGCAGUGCUAUUAGCGACUGGUGCGGCCAUACCAUUAUUAGUCAUUUAUCGCGAGAGCUAUAAUCGUAUGAAUCAAGAUAUACUGGAACAAUCCCACACUGUCGUCGUCACCGAUAAACCCAUUUGAGUUGGCGUUAUAAACCACGUCCAUUGUUGAUUUCCGUGUGAGGCAACGUUAUUGGCUCAGUUUCACAACUCUGCUUAUUGUAAGCAAACAAUUGGUGCUUUGAAGUAUGUUUUAACAGGUUAUAUUGUAAGCAAACAAUUGGUGCUUUGAAGUAUGUUUUAACAGGUUAUAUUGUAAGCAAACAAUUGGUGCUUUGAAGUAUGUUUUAACAGGUUAGCAAUGAAUUAUUGCUAGGGACGGUUAAUGGUGCUAUUCAAUCCCAACAUCAACCACAGAAUCCAAUUGUUAAUAAAUUGUCCUAUUGUUAGCUUCUACAUCCUAAAGACCAUUAGUGUUUGUAUUCUCUUUCAACUGAUAGUUUUUUCAAUACAAGACCUUUUAAAUUACUUGUUUCGAAAUUUAUUGAAAUGUUCUGUUUUCAAAAACAUUAUAAUUAGAAAUGUAAAAAGGGUAUUUAAUAAAGAUUUUUCUCGACCAAUUUCAGCAUAAUUCUUUAAAUUCAUGAACCUGCAUUUUAAUUUAUUUUUGUGCACACAUUACGCUGGCUUUUAUAAAAUUGAAUGAGUCUUGCUGCCUAAUGAAAUUGGAUGAUCUUAUUUUGACGGUGAAACUCAAUUACUCCUUUUGAUUGUUUAAUGUUGAUUCAACGGAGCGCUCAUUUGUUAUCGAAAGUGAAUGAGCUGAGUGUUAAAAUGAAGGUUUUUUUGUUGAAGUUGGUAAGGAAAACCUGUUUGCAAUUAUACCAGUAUUAACAAAUCUUUUAUUUAAAUCACAUUCGUAAAUUCUGAGAGGUGGAUUAUAUAAAAAGAAAGUAAUGUUUGAGGUUUUUCAUAAUUUGGUUGACUUCCACAAUGGGAUCAUUAUUUUAGAGGUGUCAACUUUUCUUUUCUCAUUAUAUUAUGUGUACUGUCUCUUUGUUUUAUAUUACUGUUUUGAAAAUUAGCAUCAAUUAUUUACAUGAUGCGUUUACAUUCCAUAUUAAGAAAUUAGGUUAAAACAGCUGGGUAUGAUUUGUUUUUUUAAAUGUUAUAACUUUAAAACAUUUUAACAUCUACAUGGUUGUUAAAGGGAUAAGUAAGUUGCUGGAAAGUGUUUCAGUUGUUCUACCAAAGUUGCCUUAUAGAAACUGCCUGCUUUGACGGGACCUUAUGUAUUGAUAAUUAUUGGUUUAUUUUGAUAAAUGCUCUGUUGAAAUGUGUGUGAUUCAUCCACUGCCAAAACUCAGGAUUUAAAUUUAUUCUCUCCAGUAUGUUUGUGACAACAUCAACACAGUGUUUACCAAUACUUCAAUGUGUUAUAAAUUUACACAGUGUAGAUGGUGUCACCUCUAGAACUUUACAGUGCAGGCUCCCACCAGCAUUGAUAUCGAUGUUACCAAAGCGAGGCUGGAAGAUCAAAAUAGUCUGGUUCCUAAUUGCGAAGUGAUUAUUAGCAUUCAUUGUUGUUAUUCAAUACGAGGAACAUGAUCAAGAUGGAAGCAUGCAUGAUAAAGUUCUAUUACAAGCUGAAAAGUAGCUCGAGAGGUUAUGCAAUGUAGUUACAAUAUUUUCAAAUUCAAUAAGUGAAUAAAUUAUACUUUUGAUACUCAUAGUCAUGAUUAUCACUUUAAUUUGUACGACACUUCCUUCGUCAAUGUUUCUGGAAAUUGGAAGAAUAUUAAAUUUAUGACAACUGCCAAUUAACGAUACUUUUAGGCUGUGGUUUGUGUUUUUUCACAGUAUUGUUUUAGCUUUUAGUAUUAUUAACGUACAUUUAUAGCACUGGUAUCUGCAAAUAUUGACGCUAUGGUGCAUGAACACACAGUGAGUAUAUUGACUGUGGUGUUGCUACCACACCAUAUCAAGCUUAAUCAAUCACAAUCACUAUCAAUCACAAUCACUAUCAAUCACAAUCACUAUAGAUCACAAUCACUAUAGAUCACAAUCACUAUCUAUUUGCCUUAUAUGUACCCAUUUACAUGUACUGCUUGGUGAAGAGAAGCAGCUAUAGUUAAAAAGUGUCUUGCUUUGACGGAAAAACAAAUAAGGGUCACAACUCGCAUUGGUUGCACAUGGAGGGUACCAUUUACUCCUAGGUGAAGAGAAGCAAUUAGUGUGUAGCAUGGGUUAAAUAUCCUAACAUGGGACAUGGGUACGUUUUACUCCUAGGUGAAGAGAAGCAAUUAUAGUUAAGUGUCUUGCUCAAGAGCACGAGUGUCAUGCCUCGCAUUGGUUGCAUGCACAUGGGUUAAAUCUCCUAACAUGGGUUUCCAUUUACUCCUAGUUGAAGAGGAGCAAUUAAAGUGUCAUGCAUGGGUUAAAUAUCCUAACUUGGGUACCCAUUUACUCCUAGGUAAAGAGAAGCAAUUAGUAUGUAGCAUGGGUCAAAUAUCCUAACAUGGUACCCUUUUACUACUGGGUGAAGAGAAGCAAUUAUGGAGUCUUGCAUGGGUUAAAUAUCCUAAAAUAGUACCUUUUUACUCCUAGGUGAAGAGAAGCAAAUAUGGAGUCUUGCAUGGGUUAAAUAUCCUAACUUUGAUACCCAUUUACUUGUGAAGAGAAGCAAUUACUCCUAGGUGAAGAGAAGCAAUUAGUGUGUAGCAUGGGUUAAAAAUCCUAACAUGGUACCCUUUUACUCUUGGGUGUAAGGAAGCAAGUGUCUUGCUUGUAAAGUGUCUUGCUCAAGGACAAAGGUAGCACAACAUGUAUUGGAUGCAUGCACAUCAGGGUUAAAUGUGUCACAGGUAUUUUACUAACAAGUGGUGAGAAACAGGGUUUUGGUCACAAGUUAUAACUUAUCUGCACAUCAAAUAUUCAACAAAUAAGUGCCCACAUCAGGAGUUUUUUUUUUACAGCAGUUACUCCUGGAUGAAGAGAAGCACUUAUCAAGUGUCUUACAAAUGGCUCUUAGACACAAGUCACAAUUCAUGCUGGUUGCUCUACAAGAACCCAUCUACUCCUAGGUAAGGGAAGCAAUUAAGUGUUUUGCUUAACAGAGAAACAAGAGUGAUGACAUGUUCUGAGAGCAUACAGCUCCAAACCUUUCAUUGUCGAAAAACAGGUCAAGAUUCAAUCUGUACACUCGGCUGAUUCUGAAGUUCAUAGCAGAAGUUCAUCUAUUAACUCGUGUCUGAAACAAAGGAUACAAAAUGCCCCUACCAACAGGCUAGCUCGGGGGUUUAAACCGAGAUCUACAGGUGAAGGAAAGACAACUCCAGACAACUCCAUGGGUGUAAACCGAGGUCUACAGGUGAAGGAAAGACAACUCCAGACAACUCCAUGGGUUUAAACCGAGGUCUACAGGUGAAGGAAAGACAACUCCAGACAACUCCAUGGGUUUAAACCAAGGUCUACAGGUGAAGGAAAGACAACUCCAGACAACUCCAUGGGUUUAAACCGAGGUCUACAGGUGAAGGAAAGACAACUCCAGACAACUCCAUGGGUUUAAACCGAGGUCUACAGGUGAAGGAAAGACAACUCCAGACAACUCCAUGGGUGUAAACCGAGGUCUACAGGUGAAGGAAAGACAACUCCAGACAAC